UGUGCCCCGGAAGUAGUUUGCUGAGGGACCUUGGGCCGCUGAAGGAGGCUGUGGUGGUGCCGUCACCAUGUUUCUGUCGGCUGUCUCCUUUGCCAAGAGCAAAUCAAAGAACAUUCUGGUGAGAAUGGUAAGCCAAGCUGGGACAGGUUUCUCCUUCAACACUAAGAGAAGCCGCCUGCGGGAGAAACUGACUCUACUGCAUUAUGAUCCAUUUGGUGAGCACUACAGCAAUGGAUUAUGUUUCUGUCCAGGCCUCAGCCCCUUCCAGUGUGUUCUGCUUGCCCACAGAAAAUUGUUCCUCUCUGGAUAUAUCAACAGAAAGAAACCUAGACAUUUACUUGAGUCAGGAUCUGCAAUGAGUGAUGAUAAAUUUCCUGGUGAGCAUGUGGACUGUCUAGAACAGGGAUUAGCCACUAUUUUUUACUCUGAAGGACUAAAUAGGUAAUAUUUAUUCUUUAUUUUCAAAUAUGUAAUAUUUUAGACUUUACGGGCCAUAUUGCCUCUUAUGCAACAAUUUACCCCUGCCAUUGUAGAGCUGGCGGCCAAUGAUAAUAUGUCAACAAAGGGAUGUGGCUGUAUUCCAAUAAAACUUUAUUUACAAAAAUAUGUAGUGGGCAAGAUCUGCCCCAUGGAUCAUGUUUGCUGACCCCUGAUUUAAAUGCCACUUUUGGUACCUUAUUCUGCAAAAGAACACCUUUCCUUGCGCUCCUUUUCUGGCUCAAAUGCUGACUAGGCAGUAAUCUCAAGCAAUAUGUGGUAACUUCUCUCUAGCAGAAUCUGUCUUUAUGGUGAAGAGUGUCCACUCCAGUGAUGCUGUGGGGAGUUCCCUGUGAAGGAGGCCAUCUAUCAAAAGUUUCCUUCCUGGAAGGCUGGCUGUUCCCUUGUCUGGCAAGUAAGUGCCAAAGCAUCCUAUUUCCUAGGUCAAAGGUUCAUCCCAGAAGGCUCUUGAGAGCUGAACCGAGUUCUCUCAUCUUUUU